UGUUUUGUAUUUUUUGCAGGUAAAUAAAUACUGCAUGUACCCUGUAGGCCAUCCCACUAUAAUAACAGGACAGGUAGAGAAAAUUGACGACUAUUUUGGUCUCGUUUUCUGUAAAGUAGUUCCACCACGGGGACUUUACCUACCCGUUUUGCCCUAUAGGUGUAGGGGAAAGCUGAUGUUCCCACUAUGUAAAACGUGUGCCUUGGAAGCCCAGCAAACUCCUUGCAGGCACACUGAUGAGGAGCGUGCACUCAUUGGUACAUGGGUGACGGAAGAAGUGAAACUUGCUCAGGAAAAGGGGUACAAAAAAACCCAAAUUUAUGAGAUUUAUCACUUUGAGAGGAAAAGUGAACAGCUCUUCCGAUCUUACAUAGACGUUUUUCUCAAGUUAAAGCAGGAAAGCAGUGGAUGGCCAAAGGAAUGCCAGACUGAUGAAGAAAAGGCUGCAUAUAUUCAUCAGUACAGGGAGAAGGAAGGGAUUUCUUUGGAUCCUGCACGUAUAGCUAUAAACCCCGGAAAACGUCAGGUGGCCAAGCUAGCACUGAAUAGCUUUUGGGGAAGGUAAUUUUUUUAUUUUUUUGUACCUUAC